AUGCAUGGAUUUUUUAAGGGUGAGAAACGCCUCUGUCAAGGUGAUCCAUUGUCCCCGUAUUUAUUUACGUUGGUUAUGCGUGUGCUUUCUUUGAUGAUUAAGAGAAGAAUAGAAGAGGAGGGAAAUUUCAGAUUUCAUCCGAAAUGUGCUAAGCAGGGUAUUACUCAUCUUUCUUUUGUAGAUGACUUAUUUCUUUUUAGUGAUGCGGAUCCUUAUUCUGUUCAGAUUUUGAAGGAUGCUUUAGAUGAAUUUGGGAGGUGCUCAGGUUUGUGGCUGAAUAGAGAUAAAAGUACUCUUUAUUUCGGCAAUGUUGCUCCUGAAAAUAGAUCUUUGAUUCAGAGUAUUCUUGAGUUUAAUGUGGCAUUCCUUCCGGUUCGUUAUUUGGGGGUGCCUUUGAUCUCCACUAGACUUUGGGUUAAUGAUUUAACAAAGCAUGUAGAAAAAUUGAUUGGUAGUUUUAUUUGGGGAGGUCGAGAUGUAGCGAAGGGAAAAGCCAAAGUGGCCUGGAAAGAUGUCUGUUUGCCGAAGCAUGAAGGAGGGCUUGUCCUUAAGUCUUUGAGAUGCUGGAAUAAAGCGUUAAUGUCCUAUCACAUAUGGAACAUUGUUUCGAAUAAUUCCUCUUUAUGGGUUAAAUGGGUUCAUGAGUAUCGUAUUAAGGGGAGAAGCUUUUGGGAUAUCAAAAAAGCCUGGGAUUCUUCUUGGUGUUGGAGGAAUAUUUUGGAGCCAUUUUCGAACUUCUGUACUCAUAGAGAUAUCACUGAGAUGUGGUCUAAUAAAUUAGCAAAAGUUGCUAAGUUUGUUGUUGACGGGUUAUGGGAAUGGCCUCCUGGAAUUUUGCAGAAUAUUCAUCAUCUGCAGGAGGUUCUUCCCAGGUUGUCGGAUGAUCAUGACAGAGUUAUAUGGAUUUCAAGGCAGGGGAGGCAGAAGGAUUUUUCGGUGAACCAAGUAUGGGAUGAUUUGAGGCCGGGAGCUUCUAUUGUUGAGUGA